UAUCCAGCAAGCAACCAUGGUGCGAGCUACUCUUCUUUGUGUCCAGUUGAUAUUCCUCGUUGGAAUCGCCACUUGUAUGGCUAAUGAUGAAUUGUCAACGCCGCCGCCACCACCGCCGCCACCGCCGCCGCCUCGCCCAUUCGAAUGUGUAGAAACUGACGAUCCAAAUGUCGUUCGCGCUGCUACAGAAGCUAUCAAAGUUUAUGACGAGCAAGUAGGAAGUGAAUAUAUACUUACGCGGGUAACCAAAGCUGAAAUGCAGGUGGAUGCAGGACGUAAUUACAAAUUAACGUUUAUAGGCAAAGAGCAAAUUGAAGGUUUCAUAGAUACUGCCAAAUGUGUCGCAUUAGUUAACGAAUCGUUAACACAAAAGCUCACCGUAAAGAACGUUGAAUGUACGUCAUCUCGUAGGAGAGCUUAGGGAACAGCAAACCAGUUACACUCGAAAGUCGUGUCAGUCUUUCAAUGUGACAGAAGUUGUCAGCGUAAACUGGUGUUAUAUUCAUUGAUGAUCACGACAGUGAAGUUCAAUAAAAUUAAGCGGACCUCCAAUGCCGAUAAUGUAUUACCUAUAAGACAGUAUCAUCAAUUUACCCAAGUGGGGACGAAAAAUUAUUUUAUGUAGUGUAUGGCCAUAAUGUAUUAUAGAUAAUAGAUAAUAUAAGUUCCACUGCGGCCCGCCGUUCCCGCUAUUACGACACCAGACGUGUGAGCGGACAUAUCCAAUGUGCACGUAAAGUAAACAUAAUGUUGUUUCAGUUAGUUAUCUCUGUACUAAGUAGCGCAGACAUCACAAUUUAAGUCAAGUUAUAUUCGA